AUACAAUCUGUGCCCCCGACCGACUCCACUCGUCAGGCUCCCAGAAUUAAACUUCAAGCACUGGGUUCUAUUGGUUUCCUCCAACUGUUUGACAACAUUUUACCACAUUUGACAACAGGAAACACACAUAAGGCUACACUCUAAAAGGCUACACUCGAAGAACACCAUCCCAACCGUACAGUAGAGGACUUCAAUUAAAUCUCUUGGGAAUGGAUCCUGUGUGAAAGCAGGAAGCUAUUGUGAUAAACAUGGCGUCUCACAGCUCCAAGAGGUGUGCAACUGUGAAGAAAAAGUUUGUUCCUAAGACGAAGCCACCUGAACCUGUGGUGGAAUACGUCACACCUGGAGGCUAUGAGCUGGAGAAGAUCCUUAACCGUGACUGCAUGGAGUACACUCACAUCAACCAGGUCUGGCCCAAUGUCUGGAUUGGAGACGAAGAGAGUGCCAAAGACAAAUAUAACCUGAAGAAAUUGGGCAUGACCCACAUCCUGAACGCAGCAGAGGGGACGUGGAACAAUGUGGACACGGGAGCGGAGUUCUACAGCGACAUGGACGUGGUCUACCAUGGGGUCGUGGCAGAGGAUACUCCAACCUUUGACCUUAGCCAGUACUUCUUUCCUACAGCCCAGUUCAUCGACCAAACACUCAACAUACCUGAGAAUAAGCUGCUGGUGCACUGUGUGAUGGGGAGAAGUCGGUCAGCCACCCUGUUCCUGGCCUACCUGAUGAUCUGUAAGAACAUGACGGUAGUGGACGCCGUGGACCACGUGAAGCGACGCAGGCGUAUCAUCCCCAACUGGGGCUUCCUGAAACAGCUCCGGCAGCUGGACACCUACCUCUUAGAACAGAGGAACGGAGUGACGACUGACGAGGGAAAAGGAGGAGAAGAAAACGACAAGGAAAGAGAGGAGGAUGAAAAGAAGGAUAAAAUGUGAUCGAUGCACCCUGAGAAAAGGGACAUGUAUUUCAUUUAGAUCAUUUGGUUCCACAAGAAAUGUGUACAGUGAAAAAAUUGUCUAACAAGUAGGUUUCCUAGUCCUUCAAAAAUACUGUACUCCAAUUGUACUUCAAAUUUAAAAGAGUUAAAGUGGAAAUCCACAGUUCAAACAAUAACAAUAACAAAGCAACCAUCCCACCACUUGUUUUGGUAAACCGCUAAGGGAUGGGGCCCGAGAAAUUUUAACACUCAAAUUCAUAGACAAUAGCUACAGAUCUGCUAUCUUAAUUUGAUCACUUUGUCGUAGAUCAUUUUCUUGCACAGCAGGAAAUGCUAAUUGUAAAGGCAUCCAAAGUUAGUAAUUUACACUUGAACAUUUCAGACUUAAAUUUUCCCUAAUGAAAAAUAUAUCAACCACUACAAAAAUGGCCAUUCAUUAUAAUCCACAUUUCCUGUUGCUGCAGGAUUAUUUUCCUGUUGUGAGAAGCAGGGUCAGAUGAAGAUCUUGCAUCCAUACAUUUACACUGACAGACCAUCCAUGAGAUCUAAACUAGUUUAACCAUGUUUGUAAGCUAUACAGUGUUUGUUUACAUUGGCUUUAUUUACAAACAUUUGGAGUAAAACAAGCUUAUAUUUUGGGUUGUGAUGGGGUACGACAGUUGAACUGACAGUUGAACUAAGGUCAUGAGGCAUUUAAAAGUUAUAUUAUUCAAUAAUCCAUGGCUAUACAGUGCCUUGCAAAUGUAUUCAUCCCCCUUGGCAUUUUUCCUAUUUUGUUGCAUUACAACCUGUAAUUU